AUGAAUGAGAAAACAGCUCUGAGUGAUGUUACAAUUUCGACAGUUUAUACUGUGAUGGGAUUGUUGGGCGUCAUUGGUAAUACUCUCGUUCUUGUCGUCAUCAUCGUCGUACGCGAUCUGCACGAUGUCGCUAAUGUCUUGAUCGGUAAUCAAUCUCUGAUUGAUCUCUUGACAUCUCUCCUACUCCUAGCCAGCUUCGUUGCUCCUCUACCAUCUAUUCCAACCAACAACCCAAUCCUUGCCCGGUUCCUCUGCGCAUUUUGGCACUCCAAGUAUCCGUUCUGGUCUCUGAUCGUCGCUAGUUCACUCAAUCUAACAUUAAUGACACUGGAGCGGUACUAUGCUAUCGUAUUCCCUCUUCAUUACCACAGUAGAACCAAAUCAACGAAGUUGGCCUGUAUUGUAGCUCUACCAUGGUUGCUGGGAUUUGCCUAUCAUCAGUUCCUAGCCUGGUUCUCGAAGGUAGAACAGAACCAGUGCCAUCUAUUUGUUUUCCCGAACAUUGCAUCAAGGACUGGCCUUACGUUUGGAGCUACGUUCCUGGAGUUAUUUGUUCCGACCAUCGUUAUUAUUUAUGUAUACAUAGCUGUUUAUAUAAAGCUGAAGAUUACAAUGACCCAACAAUUCAAGGACAGUGGAAAGUCUAGUGGAUCUCAGAUAACUUCUUCAGAUACGUCAGCACCCAACACUAACAACCGUAUUCGUGCCAGAAGGAAUGUCCUUAAGAUGAUGUUGAUUGUGUCUGCUUGUUUUGUCAUUUGCUGGUUACCAAACCAGGGCCCUGUUGCAUAA